UGACACGAUGGACCACACAGAAAGAUUUGAAGGGAUUCUGAUGUCAAAGGCAAUGAGAGCCAUUUGCAAAGAAGAGGACUACGCCUUUUUGAGAAGCUUGGAUGAGAGACGACACGUGUUGUCAGAUGAAAUCCAGCAGGUUCAGAAAGAACUGGAGGAAAGGCACGAGGAACGGGUCCAGCGAAGGAACCAAAGGGAGCGCAGAGAAAAAGAGAGACAAAGAGAACUGGAAGAGAUGCAGAAGGAGAAACAGGAGCAGUGGAGAAACCAGGCAGCUAUAAAGGCAGCUGCACAGGAGAGAACCCUCAGAGAGAGAGCCGACCGGCUAAAGCAGUUUCGGGAUUUUCAAAGGCAUGUCCUGGAAGAGGAGCUUGGCCUGUCUUCUGGAGCAAACUCAAAGGAGGUAGAAGACUUGCUCUUGAGAAUUUAGCUUCAUUCCCGAUGAUUAGAGGCAGUCCAGAUCUAUGGAUAACAGAAUUCCUUGGAAAUCACUGGAUUUGCAGGCUCACGUGCAAUUCAUAGUCUUCCGCAGAUUCACCAUAUUCUACAGCUACAUCUUCAUCAUAAUUAACAUAAAUAGACUGCUUAAAGUGAUCUGAAAUAUAGAACUUCAUUGUUUUGUUAAAUUAACAGAUGUU